AUGCGAGUCACAUCAUCUCACCGCCCAAGCACAUACCGUCAAUCCGGCUCUCCCACGUCUGGAAAAGCCCCAAACGUAGCUAGCCGUCGAGAUUCGGCCGCUCGCGCUGAUCCCGCCGCUGAGAUCCAUGGUUCAGCCGGCUUUCCAUCGCUUCUGACUGGUCAUCAUCACCACCGUCCGCCGUCCUCGCCGCCGCCUACGCAGUAUUGCUAUUGCUCAAGCCCACCUCCCGUCGUCCCCAUUGUCAAAAGGCUGCAUCGCGACGUGCGGGAAUUGCCCCUCGGGCAGACUAGCGUCCAAGCGCUAAUACGUCGUCCUGCAGCGAGCCUGCGAACGAGGGGUUGCGGCUUUGCGGCUUUGCGGCUUGCCCCAGUUCUCACCUCCGGCCCUGUGUUGCCCCUCCAUCCCAUCGUGCUAUUCGCAGAUCAACGCUCGUCCAACCAACCUGGUGUCACUCGCUGCCGCCGCCGCCGCCACUCGUCAACGUCCAAAGCUAGCCUGAGAUUUCGUCGUCGGCAUCCAACUGCACUCAAGACGUUGUUCGUCAGCAUGUCUCUCGGUCACUCGGCCGGUUUGUAUACGGUCGUUGGAGUCCACGGCGCCACCCAGCCCUGUCACAAAAUGAUGGUGGACGUCGAAAAUGACAGGAAGCGGAUCCCCACUGCGUCUGCCAACCACCUCCAUCAUAUCCCGCGAGAAAAGGCACGUCGCGGGACACGAACGGCAGAAAAAGAAAAGACGAGGUGGAUUUCGUCGGCUGGGGCUUUCUCGUGGAGGCGUCAAACUCGACGCAAAUGCUCCUUGGUCUUUGGUCUUUGGUCUUUGGUCUUUGGUCUUGGGCGGCGGGCACACAAUGUGACUGCUCAUAUCCGUCUGCCAUAUGCAUAUGCAUCUUUGCGGCUUUCGCAAUACCGUUCUGGUUAUGCUUGCGAAGAGCCCGCCAUUCAUCGUCGCCAAUUUAGGGCCAGGCUGACAGGAUCCCGAGCUGCUCCACGGCCUCGCGGCGGAACACUUCCUGCAGACCCGGUCCCGAGCAGUCGUCAAGGUGAGAAGACAGAAAGAGUCCAUGCAUUGCAGAAAGCAAGCCGGAUGAAGUUUCCAGGGCAGCGAAGUCUCGCCAAUGACUGCUUUCGCAAGCCGUGUAAUGGAUGCUGGACACGGCGGCUGCAGCUCCGACAAGGUAUAUAUCUUCAUGCUUCCCAAUACCGUCCGAUCUGCACAUUGUUUGCUCCUUCUUCGCAUCAAGCCGGUGCACCAUGA